CUUCAGCCUGCCGCGCUGGAUCCCGAUGAUAUAAGUACAGGACUGCUCUGGGUGGAUUUACGCCCCUCCCGCCAAGCACCGCGGAAUUUCAUUCACAAUCAGGUGAUUGUAAAAACCGCCGCCAGUCAAUAGAGAGCUGAUGGGAAGGAAAGAAGAGUCAGAUGCUCCCUCUUUCUUUCCUCUCCGACGAGCGUGAAGGGAAGGCGCACCUGCGAGAGUGUCUGCCCCCCUUUUCUUUGCUGACAACUCAAACUGGGCUGCUGCUGCUGCUGCUGCUGCUGCUGCUGCUGCUUCUGCUGCUGUUGCUUGGCUGUGGAUACACUAUACAGACUGGACCAGUGGACUGAGAGAAAGACCGGGGGGAGAGAGCGAGAGGAGGGGUGAGUGAAAGAGAGGGUGAACGGGAGAUAGGGGGGAGAGUGUGUGAAACAGAGGCUGGAUGGAGCCCUCUCUUCCUCUGGCACUCCACAGGCGCUCAUUCAUUUAUUUCAGCCUGGCCGACGACAGCAUGCCAAACGCAGACUCCAGCGGCACAGCUCGGCAGAGGCAUCCCAGCAGAGGACAGGAGUGACACGUCCUCAGUCGCACCGGUCCUUACCUGCACAUCAUCCGCGCAGGGGCUGACUUGUAGUCCACCGGGACACCGCCGACAUCUCGGACCAGAGUGGACGAACCUGCUUUAUGGGCCCCAAACCUCGUGACGCCUCCGGGAUGGCGUGCAGCGCGUGUUACUACCUGGUUAUCAGCUCCACGCACCUGAGCAAUGGACACUUUCGGCGCGUCAAGGGGGUCUUCAGAGGACCGCUGUGUCCGGCCGCGACCAGCGAUUCACCGGAAUGCACGGAGAGGCCUUUGGGUUGCUCAGCGGAGGAUCUGAAGUCUCUCUUCUACUGCGAGCUGUGUGACAAGCAGUACCUCCGACACCAGGAGUUUGACAACCACAUCAACUCCUACGACCACGCACACAAACAGCGGCUGAAGGAACUCAAGCACAGAGAGUUUGCUCGUAACGUGGCCUCAAAAUCGUGGAAGGACCAGCGCAAACAGGAGAAGGCUCUCAGGCGUCUGCACCAGCUCGCGCAGCUGCAACAGGAAACGCAGCGAGCCCCAAGAAGGACCCAUGGGCCGAGGCGCGCAGGCAGAGCCGUGACCCAGCAGCGAGAUAAGGACGUGGACCGAAGAGACCCCAGCCUCGAGGACAAACACGAGUCCUUCCACCACCCACAACGACCACCUGCACCUGCCGCUCAACCCAGGGCAGCUCCUCUCAGCCACCAGUCAGAAGAUCCAUGCCGGUCUAUUUCCCUACCACCACUGGCCACUGCCAUAGCAGAGUCCCCACUGCGCGCUGCACUGUCCGACGCAGACCCUCCCGCGGCGGACCCCCAGUCUUGCCGCAACUCGUGUCCCCAAAUGCCCCCUCCUGCACAGGGGAGAGUGGGAGGCCGGCUUGGAGUAUCCUUCUGUUUCUCCCGCAGAGGGCCCAGGCUGGAGCCUUCUGCGUCUGUCUUCUCAGACCUGGAGGAGGAGGAGCGGGAGAAGAGGGAACAAAUGAGAGAAAGAAUAAAGGGAAUGAUGGAAGAUAUUGACAGGGAAAUUGGGGUGGCAGACGAGGGGAAGCACUGCGAGAGUGGAAAGGACAAGUGGGGCCCUGCCGGCGUCUUACAGGCUGACGUGCGGCUGGUCCCCAAAGAGGCCGCGGGAGAAGAGGAGCAGAUUGAAAAAGGAGAUAAGGCGAACGAACACUUUCCCAUUUCCACGGUAACGCCUGAUAAUCAGAGCCCCGAUCCGCUAUUCUCGCCAUCACAGGGCCAGGUGACCUUCUGGGGCGCAGCGCUAGCAGUGGCACACGCGGACGCCAAGCGCGCAGACAGCGAGACAGAGAGAACGCAAGAAGCGGAGAGGGAGGGGGAGGGGGAGGCGAGCCGGCACGUCAGUGUGCUGGGUAAAGACGGCUCUACCCGUCUGAGAUGGCCUGUCAGUUUGCUUAAGUUCACAAAGACUCAACCGCACAUCUCGUACAGCUGCAACCCCCUCUGUUUGAACCUCCAGCGACCAGGAGCACUCGCAGAGGAUCAACGGGAGUCACAGCAGAAUCGGCCGCGCGCUCUUUCAGAUGAAACGAAUCCGCGCGUGCCGGCUUUCGUCGCACCAGACCAGCGUUCCUGGUUACAAACACAUGAGCUGAGAGCACACGGGCAGAAAAAAGCAGAGGAGAGUUUCGAGGAAGAACGACGCGGCGCCGCGGAGACGGAAGCCCACCUGUUCCUCAACAACAAAAGCCUUUCAUCGUUGGCAACGGGAAAAGAAACGGGAGGAUGUAUGCUAAGUGUGGAGAAUUGUGCGAGGGCGGCCUCCCAUUCAUUUGACCCCACUCAUAGUGACAGCUCCGACAUCAACUCCCAGAAUCCUUUGGGAGACAGAUUAGAGGGUGCAAGGGGGAUCAGGGAGAAAGCCAUCACAGCCCUGAGCUGUAAAUUAGACUCUGUCACCCAGCCUGGCACACAGGGAAUAUGCAUCAGCCCGUCCAGGUGUGAGUGUGGGAGUGAGGCGACGUGCAUGUGUGCCAGCGCUCCGCAGCCGUGCGUGGGUGUCUCAGAGGUGUCACGCAAAAAGAGGAGAGCCAGCGCAAAGAAACACAAGCUGGGAAAGAGGAAGAGGGGGGAGAAGGGAAGGGCUUCAAACAAGCGCCAAUCAGCGAGGUGCAAAGUGAGGAGUGUUGUCUCCACAGUCUCCGCUGGAGGAGAGCGGAGGGGAGAAGCUGCGGGGAGGUGGGGAACGAGCAGGAGGCAAAGAAAGACGGGGAUGAGGAGGGUGGGGAGUGCAAGGAGCAGCUGUCUCCUGGGGAGAUCUGAGCCCGAGCCAGUAUCUGUCUCUGUCAGAAAGAGGAGGCCUCAUAGGAGCCACAGCGCUGAAUGCCAGUCACAGCCAGACAGAGAGCAGCCAGAACACUCCAGUACCCACUCCCAGCUCAGCAGAUACACAGCAGACAGAGUAACUGAGGGGGAGGGAAAGCGAGACCGAGAUGCAGUGACUUUUCCCUGGCGGUCUCACUUAUCCUCACACUCCUUCUCACCAGGAUGUAACUCGAAGCCGUUUUGGGAAAGGGGUCACCAUAGCAACCCCAGGAGUUUCAUUGACUGCAGUUACCCUGACAACAGCUGUGGUAGCAGCCCGGUGAAAAAGAGAAAACUUCUCCACGGGGACAGGAAAUUCAUUCAUGGCGCGAGGAAGAGUUCAAGGCAUUGUGAGGUCUGGGAGGAGCGAGGGAGGAAAAUAGGAGGACAUUCGAGUUUCAGAGACAGGGGCCUGAUUUCAGACACAGAACAGUGGGAGUGGGUGAGGGAGGAAUAUCCCGGAGGCAGCGAGGAGGGCAGGUCAGGAGCUGGUCGGAGAAACAGAGCGGCGGAGUGGGACCAGGUGGCGAGGUUCAGCCCCAGCCCCACCGGCUGGGGCAGGAGACGCAGACACCUCAGCACAGAGGACGUGGACUGGGAUAGAUGCAGCGUGGACAGAUGGACAUGGGGCAGCAGCGACAGCUGGGAAGACAGGGGGGGACACAGGACCGCAUCGGGUCCCAGGACAUUCACCGAAAGCAGAGACAGCCCGUGCGGCGCGUGGAGGUGGGCGGACACCAGGCGCUCGGGUUCAAGGCACUUCUCAAGCCCUGAGUGGUGGUCAGGCCGACAGACGAGCAGCUGCCAGAGUGUGAUCAACGCACAGGGCAGCAGAUGCCACAGCCCGCGCUCCUGCAGCCCCUGUAGCAGCACCAGCAUGUCUGAGCUGAGCUGGGAGUGGAGCAGGAGCAGUACUUGCUCAGGAGUCACUGUGAGCGGGUUAGCGGUCGAGCCCCACGACACAUCGUCGAGAUCCACCGAGGGCCCUCUGGAGACUAAAAAGCACAGCAGCCCCACGUCCGCCUCGUCCGCCCUUUCCUCUAGCCCCUCUCGUUCCCCUCACCACCGAUCAGCUUUUGUCCCGACAGUUCCGAGCCCCAACACGCACCAUUGUGACAGAAGCCCUUUACAGCCGAAGAAGCCCAAUUCAGAGUCUGACCAUGGGCACGAGCCUCCUCCCGCCCCUGUCGCGCACAGCGGCUCAGGCGCAUCUCUUUCAGGACUACCCCCCAGUAAGUCUCUACCGCAGAAACCAGCGAGGAUGUUGCUCCUCCCCCUCAUAGGGAAACGGCCUGCAUUCCAGAGACAGGCCAAAAGAAAAAAGGGGCUGCUGGAAAAGAGUCAAGAGAAGGAAAGAGACGAGGAAGACAAAACCAGGGGCUGUAGAGUGGAUCCUGGAGCGACUACAGGCAGUCAAAAAUAUCCUCUGGACAUAGUUGAGUCGAAUCCCACCAGGAUGCCAAAUCUCUGCCUGUCACAGAUUAGGACCGGUGACAAACAGGCAGGUGGAGAGACAGGUCCGCAAAUCAGCUUUACCGCUGAGGAGAUGGACAAAUAUCGUCUACUGCAGGAGCAGGCGAGGGAGCACAUGCAGAAAGUCCUGGAAAAAACGCACGAAAUUGCGGACACACAGACAAACUACACACACGGUGCGGAGAGUUGCGGAGCGCUGGAGGAACAAUACAUACGUGGACUGUUACACAACCCUCAGCAGCCUCAAACCCAGUUAAUUCACACAGAUGCGAUGCAAACGCAGGUGCAGCAUGCCCUCCAGGUCAGUCUCCCACUUCAACAUGUGAGCCCGCAGGAGAGCUUUACUCAGCCGAUGGCUUUGGGGGUCGCCAACCUCACCACUCUACCACCAUCUCCCCCUCUCUCCAACCUCCAUCAUAUCAUUUUACAGCACAUCUCCAUGCCUCCCCAUUCCUCCUCCGCCUCCUCCUCCUCCUCCAGUUCGUCCCCGUCUCCUGCCAUCCACCUGCAUCCAGGUCAGCUUCCCCACCACCCGCCCCCCCGCCACCCCUCAAUAUCUCACCACCUCCCCCUCUCCCCCUUUUCCCUCUCCUCCCUGUUCCCCUCUAUCCUGCUGUCCCACCACCCCAUCCCUCUCCUCCCGCAGUCCCCUGCUUUCCACGCUAGCCCACUCACUCCACUCUCCCCGGUAGCUCUUCAGCCGCUGAACCCGCAUCCUUUCAUGGACAGAUCGUGGCCGGUGAAGUUUCAACAGAAGGCGUUAUGAUUUUUACGGAAUGACUCUUCUUUCGGCAACACUGACUAGUUAUGGGACUGUUGGUUUGAACAAAAGGCUGCUGUUUGAAACCAGGACGUGUUUGUGCUUUUACUAGCAUCAACUUCAACUCUUAACACACACACACACACGCAAGUGCACGCACACAAACGGCUAAACUACUGUCUGUUUUCAGAUGAAAAUUCAUUUCCGCAUUUAGCCUCUGCUGUGUUCCAGUAGACGGUGCGAAAACAGACUUUGAUCCUUUGCUUUUUCCAUCAUUCAGGCACCAAAUAAAGGGAAAGGUGCACCUGCUAUUCAAAGACAAACUGGGCUCGUGUCAUCCUUUCUCCUUCCUUCUGAACCACAGACAGACCAGCUGCCUUUUGAAGUCUCCUUCACGGCAGGGACAGAGCAGGAAGAGAAAGGGAUAAUACAGUCCCCUUAUCUCCAUUUCAUACAGGUUAUCUGAGUUAGAGUGUGACUUUCGAUGAACAUAAAUAACGUGACUGGUACCGGAGGGCACGGCGCAGCCAAUUUAACCUUGAUGCAAACUGUAUUUGUGUGUGCGAGUGUGUGUAAGAUGGGGUAAUUCUGAUCAGAUACACAUUUACAGCUACAAGGAGUGAAAUAUUUUUUCCCCAUACCAGACAAAUAUAAGGACUGUUUUGUCUCUAUAGUGUAAAUAACCUGACAGUGACUGAUUAGAAUGAUGGGAAACAUUCAAAUAAAAUGUGGAUUUAACCUUAACCACUAGUACGUUGCUUAUUUGACCAUCAAUUUCUAUAUUUUUUCCCCCAACACUGCAUUUAGCAAAUCAGUUACAAAGGGAUGAAUGGGAUAUGUUAUAUUAAAGCGUGAGUGAAAAUAAAGCGGCCUUCAUGCUUUUUCUUA